AUGUCCCAACAUACACCACUUCUUUCUGUCGAAGCUAAUGAAGACGACGACAUCCCGGCAUCAUGGCUCACACUCCCAAAUAAGACGCAAUUGAUCCUCCUGGCACUAUGCCGCUUCGUGGUAGCCAUGAGCCAGACAUCGGUCCUCUCUUAUCUGUACUAUUUUCUGAGCUCGCUCGAUACCUCGCAAUCCCCGGGCGAUCUAGCGCGCCGCGCUGGAUAUCUAGCGUCGGCGUUCGCAAGCUUUUUGGCAGGAAAAAGGUGCUUGGCUGGGUUGAUGGAUGGGAAUAUUGCGGUUUUGAGAACUAUGAUUACUGAGACAGUGGCCGAUAAGAAGUAUCAUUCAAGGGCCUUUAUUAUACCGCCGUUGUCCUUCAAUUUGGGCGCUGUUAUUGGGCCUUUGUUAGGGGGAAUGCUUGCGAAUCCAACAUCAGAAACCUCCCCAGCUUCAAAACUGUUUGGACCAGGAACAUUUUGGGGCGGCAAGGAUGGUGUAGCCUGGAUGCGGAGGUGGAAAUAUGCGCUGCCGAAUGUUGUGUCUGCUCUACUAUUUGCUAUAGUGGUGGUUAUGUGCUUUUUCUUCUUGGAGGAAACACUGGAGACCCAAAAACGAGAAGCAGAUACUGGACUCUCUAUCAGAAAGAAGUUGAGGGACUUCUUCCCGUCGGAAUACCAAGAGGUCCCUUCUAGAGAUAUUGACCUAGAAACAACAAGCCUAUUGCGCUCCCCUCCCCUAAGCCCACCGCCUAAGGCCCCUCCUCCCCAUAAGAUCUGGACCCACAACGUGAAACUCACCGUCCUCUCCAGUGCCCUCCUUCCCCUCCACAUGUCCACCUUCCUACACCUCUGGGCCGUCUUCCUCUCCGCCCCACGCUCCACCACCGCCCCACACCUCCCCAUAAAGUUCACCGGCGGCCUUGGCCUCUCGCCCGCCACUAUUGGGCUGGUACUAUCCCUCUUUGGCGGCUUCGGUAUCACCGUGCAGGUCAUAGCAUAUCCGCCCAUUGCGCAGCACCUCGGUAUUCUCACCGUCUAUCGCCGAUCCCUGGCCAUAUUCCCACUGGCGUACCUGCUCAUACCGUACCUGACGCUGCUUCCCCCUGGGGCGAUGAUGUGGGUUGGGAUGGCAGCGGUGAUGGUUCUCAUGGUCUUGGCGAGGACGUUCUCGCUGCCGUCGUCGGUGAUCCUCGUGACACGUGCGGCGCCCUCGUCAGUGGUGCUGGGGAGGGUGCAUGGUGUUGCCGCGAGCUUGGCAAGUCUGUCGAAGGCGGUGGGGCCGGCGGUGGCGGGGGCGUUGUUUGCUGUUGGGAUGAGGGCGGGCGUGGUGGGGGUGGCGUGGUGGGCGGUGGCGGGAGCGGCCGGGGUCGGGGUUGUGGUUGCGUGGCGGUUGAGAGAGGGUGCAGAAAAUGAUGAGGAUACAGAAGAUGAUGAGGAUAGUAUAAAGGGAGUAUAA